CUGUCUAUGAAUUUCGGCUAGUGGGCAUAUAUAAAUCUGCCAGUACGUACUCCAUUAUCGAUGGGAAAAGAUUCUUCAAGGAUUCGAUCCAUGGGACUUCUAUAUCUGGGAUGCUGCCCUUCUUGUCAAGUGUGAAAUCGAAGAGAACUUUUUGAGGUGAUUUCUUUCAUCACAACUUUGCUCCUCCAGUUUCUCUGUUUUCAGCGCUGUAUUCCUUCCUCUUCAUCACAUUUCGUGAUUCAAUUCAGUCUCUCAGAUUCUUCGCUAAGGUAUACUGUAAUCAUUCAAAAUCAUUAGUAACAUCAAUCUGGUAAGAAGAUAAGACGGUGAUCUCGACCCUUCAAUUAGGCACUGUUUAUCUAAAACACUUUGGAAUUUGGAAUCAUUAAGCAAGAGAUAAUCAUCAAAAAUAAAAAAAUAAAAAAUCGGAUCUGGGCCACACAAAUAACUAGUCGUUGAAAAUCAGUAACCCUUAACAGGUCGGCCGAGAUACCAAACGGGUCAGACACACACAACACACGGAUAGAGAGAGAGAGAGAGAGAGAGAUGGUAGAUAUAUCACACGUAUGGUUCUGAUUGCAUGGCAUAAAAGAACCACCUUGGGUACUUACUAGGAAGUUGCAGGGAGAAUAGUUUUAUGUUCUGUUUGGUUGUUUUGACGUAAAACCUUUUUCAGAAAAGUCUUUUCUUAAUUUCCACUUUUUUAUUUUCGUAAACUAUUUAUUUUUCGAGUUUAAACUUUUCCUCCUCCUUUCGGUUCAUUCUCUGUGGCCGCCGGAGGCCGCUAGCCAUUUUUCACCCUCGGGUUAUGGUCGCUGAUUUUUCGUACGAGCCAAAUCCUAAAAUAUGUUUUCAAUUUUCAAUGAAAACAUUUGACAUUUGUUUGCCUUAACAUUGAGUUAUGUCGAUCGGAGAGAGGUUUAACAAGAAGUGUCUAAGUACUCCUCUAAGAAAGCCUCCCAUUGGUCCACGUAGCAUCCACAUGAGUCGAGCCCCUCCACGGUUCUACCACGCCUGUCUGGUCCAAAUCUGGACAUUGAAAUGAAAACACCAUAUAUUUUUCACUAAAAUCCAUCGCUUCAGAGCCUUGACGUCUAUAUAUCAUAGUUCACGCCUGCGUCCACAUGUUCAUAUGAUGGAGUUCCCACCACCACCAUUAACACAACCACAAUCGAUCACCAUUACCAUUUCCUUUGCCCCCACAUCUCUUCAACUGCAUUACAGAAAGUCUGCCGGCCACUUCCCUCGCUUCUCUUCUCACAUUUAACUUUCUUGUUCAGAGAGCAAGGAAAAUCCUGCUUCCACCUUUUCUACUACUUUCCUUUCCAAGUAUACUAAAAAUAUGUCACAAGCGUAGUAUGAGAAAAGCGACAAAAAAAGGAAAGUCACCGACCUCAGUGCUAUUUAUAACCGUUCCCGGAGGUUCACUUAGCCCCUGCGGAAGUACUGUGUUUUUAACAGUCUCUACUGUAGCCUUUUGAGGAAUUCAAAAAUCACAAACAUGUCGUUUUCUUGUGCGAAAAACUUCUUCAACCGGUUCUGUACCCAUGAAUUUCAUAUGGAGAGUGCUGUUCGUGGCAACUUCUUCUCUAGCCAUGAUCUCUUACCAUCCCUUGGAGCCAAAAGCAACCAGGAAAAUAAGCUUCGAAGACGCGUUAUUUCGCCUUUCAGUCCCCGCUAUAGGGCUUGGCAGAUGUUACUGGUUGUUCUGGUGAUUUACUCCGCCUGGAUUUGCCCUUUCGAGUUUGCAUUUCUGCCUUACAAGCGAGAUGCACUCUUUAUCGUCGACAACGUUGUCAAUGGCUUCUUUGCCAUUGACAUCGUUCUCACCUUCUUUGUUGCAUAUCUCGACAGCCAAUCCCAUCUUCUUAUCGACAACCCCAAGAAAAUUGCAGUCAGGUACAUAUCUACCUGGUUUAUUUUUGAUGUCUGUUCCACCGCACCAUUUCAGUCCAUCAGCCUCCUGUUCACAAAUCAUAGCGGUGAAGUUGGGUAUAAACUACUCAACAUGCUCAGACUCUGGCGUCUCAGACGAGUCAGCUCUCUGUUUGCAAGACUUGAGAAGGACAUUCGAUUCAAUUAUUUCUGGACGCGGUGCAUAAAGCUCAUUUCUGUAACCCUGUAUGCUGUGCACUUUGCUGGAUGCAUAAACUAUCAGAUUGCAGACAGAUACCCCGAUCCAAAAAGAACCUGGAUUGGAGCAGUAAACCCAAAUUUCAAAGAAGAUAGUCUUUGGGACAGAUAUGUAACUGCUCUUUACUGGUCUAUCACAACAUUGACAACUACCGGUUACGGGGACUUGCAUGCUGAAAACCCCAGAGAGAUGCUCUUCGAUAUCUUUUACAUGCUCUUCAACUUGGGAUUGACUUCUUACCUCAUUGGAAACAUGACGAACCUUGUUGUUCACUGGACAAGCCGCACCAGAAACUUCAGAGAUACAGUGAGAGCAGCUUCAGAAUUUGCAGCAAGAAAUCAUUUGCCCCGUCCCAUACAGGAUCAGAUGUUGUCACACAUAUGUCUCAAGUUCAAAACACAAGGAUUGAACCAACAAGAGACCAUAAACGGUCUGCCAAAAGCCAUCCGUUCAAGCAUCGCCCACCAUCUGUUCUUCACCAUUGUUCAAAAUGACUCUCUCUUCCAAGGGGUUUCUCAUGACGUCCUUUUCCAAUUGGUUUCGGAAAUGGAGGCCGAGUAUUUUCCACCCAAUGAAAAUGUAAUUCUGCAGAAUGAGGCUCCAACAGAUCUUUAUGUACUGGUCUCAGGCGUGGUGGUUUUCCUGCGCAAUAUUGAUGGGCGUGAAGAAGUUCUUCGAAAGGCAAAUGCAGUAGAAUCGUUCGGAGAGUUUGGAGUCUUGUAUUGUAAGCCGCAACCUUUUACGGUUCGGACGACUGAGAUUUCUCGAAUACUAAGGCUCAGCAGAACUUCACUGACGAACGCUAUACAAGCUAAUGCGGAGGAUAGGCAGAUUAUUGUGAACAAUUUUUUCCAGAAACUGAAAGGGCAAGAAAGCUCAGAAUUUGAGAACGCACAUAAAGAUCCAGGGCUUGGAGGAAGCUGUUCACCCGCAGGAUGUCCAUCAAUGCAGGAAGCAAGAAGGGACUUAUUUUUCCCGGGACCAGAGGCUACAGAAGAGGAUUUAAAUCCGAUGGCUGACGACGACCAAGCAGCUUUUCAUGCGGGUGUUCGCAAAGGGCAUCUUGAGACGGUUAAUAAUGGUGGAUGGACGCCACAAGCUCUAGCUCAACAGCAAGAGAACAAGAACUUGUAUGACACCUCACUGAGUUACGAAAAUGGAAGGAAACCAGAUGAACACAGAAUAGAUUUAAUCGAGCCAGAAUCGGCCGACACCAGCAUGUAUAGUCAAAGCAUACGCAGAAGAAACGGCCCCCGAUCUGUUAACUCCCACUUAAAAAAGGAACCCACAAACUCCUAUCAAAGCAGAUUUAGCUGUCCCACUGAUGCAGAAGUGAUUAAAAUGAUCAAGAAGAGAGUCACCAUCCACAUGAAGCUUCAACACAGUAGUACAUCACAGAGGCAGCUUGGAAGGCUCAUAAUCUUACCGGAUUCAAUAGAGGAGCUGCUCAAAAUAGCCGGUGAGAAGUUCGGAGGCCACAAACCUACAAAAGUCAUUAGUGCGGAGAAUGCAGAAAUAGAUGACAUCAACGUCAUUCGAGAUGGCGAUCAUCUGUUUCUCCUUCAUAAUGAGUGUGAAAAUAUGAACUAAUUAUUAUUCAAAGGCAAUGAUGUAAACAUGCUGACAACUUGUAACUUUUAGGCAAUGAAUAAUAAGUUAGUAACAAAAAUGUGAUUGCAAAA